AUAAGUCGCUCUCAACUUAACAAAAGUACUGUUUUGUAAUAAAAAAUCUUUUUUUUUUUUCAAAUAUUAUCAAUAUAAAAUGAGAAAAGUUGGUAAAUGACAUAUGCCGUAAUGCGCAUGAAAUUCUAUUGUUAGAGUUUAAUUAUGAUUUUGAAUGGUAGAUCUUCAAUCUUUUCAAUGUAUAAACAGUAUGAACGUGUUUAAUAUUGUAAAGUAUCCAGAAAAGAAAACCAGUUGUGUAUAAUGGCUCUUUUAUUUGUAGCCAUUAGUCUUAUGAUAUAUGGUUUGUCAGAAUGAAAAUUUGCUGAUAUUUUCACUGUUUCAUAUAAUAUUGUUCCAGCUUUUUUAAGUACUCUUUUAUAAUGUGAUGUUAGUAUUAGACGAAUCUGGUCAACUCAGUGCGAUUCCCAACUACAUCCAACGUGAUUUACCUUUUUAAAUCAUUUCUUGUUUAAGUUAUAAUCUUUUGUUGCUUGUAUGAUUUGUUGCCUCAAAAACCCAAGUCAGUUAGAAGAAUACUUCAUCUCAGUCUCAUCCUCAUAUGAUAUAUCCAAUCCAAUUAAAUCCUCCAAUCUCUUUGAUUGAAACAUUUCUCCUGAUAUAUAUUGAAAUUCUAACCAGAAUGAUAGACUGAUGAGAAGGAUAUUCCAGUUUGUGGCAUCAAAAUAUGUUGAUGACAAGAUGGGGCCAUUGGACGCACAUGACAUCUUGAUCUACUUUAAUAUGUGUCCAUUCUUUUCUUGUUUGCCCAUCAAUUGCCUUUUUAAGUUGUAACUUAUCUUGCAAGUUGUUUACUUAAACUAUAUGUAAUGAUUGAUUAGAAGAAUGACCAAAAUAUGAAUCUCCUCACAUCGCAAACUAAAACUAUGGGUUCACACUUUUAAAUUAAUAAUCGAUUAAAUCGACUAAUUAAUUAAAUUUCAACAGAUUAAUUAAUUUGAGAGCCGGAUUUAUGAUUUUUAUCUUAUAAAAAUAAACUUAUACAAACUGAGUUUAACCACAUUCUUUAAUAUAAAAUGAAGAAAGAAAUGGACUCACAACUUCUGUAGAAUGGUGAUGCUGAAUAGGUUUUGACUUUUUAAAAUAAAUAAAUAAAAUAUAAAUUUUCAUAGGAAUUAUUGUACUCAUAAUCGAUGUUGAUCAAUUUGUUUUGUUAGAAAUUCAACCUAGAUAUUCUAAACCAAAUUUUUACACUUUUUAGUGCUCAUAAGACUUGGCAAUUAUGGAGUCCCUAAUGAUGCAAGUGCUAUUUUCAGUGUACUAACUAGUACUAAAUAUAAAAUGCGUUAACACUAUGCAAGAAAAAAAGAAAAGAGUAACAUAAUGUUUUUUUUAUAUAAAUCGGAGUUAUGAAGAAAAAAAAACAUUGUGUAAGUUUCAAAAGAGUUAUAUGUUUUUAACUCAAGAGUUAUUAACUUGUUUUUCCUUUUUUCUAAAACGUUAUUUCCCAUAAUUUCUAAACCAAAUAGGAAUAUUUAUCUAAAGAGGUUUACUUUUAUUCUGGUGGUUUUUACUUCUAACGUGGUGUCAUGAUCACCCCAUUCAAGUUUAGACAUGGGGUUCAACAACAUGGAUGUUAAAAAUAUACAAAUAAGUCUCCUAAUUUAUUAAUAAUCAAAGAUUUUCAUGGAAAAGGAAAAAGGAAAGGAAAAGCACAAAUAUUGGCCAGGAAUGAAAGCCACCACCAUUCGCCUUUUGUUGAUUGCACACAAAGAUGAAGUUAAAAAGUUGUUUAAAGCCACUAAAAAGAUGACUUUUCUCCUUUUAAUUUAGCUUUAGCCAAUUUGCAUGAGUUUGUGACUUUCCUUAAGUCAGAAUUUUAGAAGAGCGUGGAUCAUGAGUGAGCACAAUAUUGAACUUAACAAAAAUAAUAUUUGUUCAAUCAGGAAUUUCUUUAAAACAGAUGAUGUUGCACUCCCCAUUUAACAAGCCCAAGCCCUUUUAUGAGUUUCAGAGAGCAUCAUAAGAACAUAGGCUGUUCCCCACACACAGCAACAAUAAGACAACAAUGACUCAUACCAAGUUUUAGAAUACAUUAUAACAUAUUACACUGAUGAAAAGCACUUGUCAGAAGAUUAUGAAACCAUUUUCUAUAUGUUAACAACAUAUCACCAUAUAAUAUAGAUUAUCUAUAGCAGAAGAAGAUAACUGUGGCUUAUCCUCAAAAGUAUCUUAAGUAUCUAAGAGAUAAGAGUAGGUUAUUAUAAGAGAAUUCUGAUACGGAAUUGGCAGUGGUUGGUAUAGUCUUUUUUUUACCACUAAGGCAGCCUAAACAACACUCAUCAAUAAGUGUUUGUUUGGACCGAUGUAUGGUCAUGCUAACUAGCGUUCAGAAAACAUAAACACAAGAUGGUUUUAAGUUUUAACCCAUCAAAAUUUUGUAUUCUUUUUAUUUUUGAUCAAAAACAAAAUUUUAUAUUCUUUUUUCUUUUUGUAAUAACAAGGUUGACCACUGUUAGAGUUGAUCCAGAAAAAAUAAACAAUAAAACAAUUUUAUAUAUGACUUGUCCAAGUGUAUAAAUGAAAAUUUAUGAAAUUAAUCAUGUGAGUGUUAAUUAAUAUAGUUUUAAUAUCUGUUCAAAAACACGGACGCAUAGUCCAAUGCGGUGCAACUACUCAGUCGAUUAAUCAGACAAUUAACCAAUUAAUCACUGUUAAACCGAUUUUUAGCUGUCUAAACCUGAUAAAAUUUGGACUACUGGGCUUAUUUUGAAACCCAGUUGCAAGCUAUGAAAAUAACUCUGAACGCCUAUUCUCAUCAGCUUUCCUUCUUAUACUUUACCGAAGUGGAACUUUACUUCAUGUGUGUUUUUAUUAAAAAAAAUUGUUUAAAAUUAAAUAUGACAUAUCCGAUGUUCAAAUACAUGACCUUAUACACCAUAGUCAUCUUCAAACACCAAUACACCACCGCAUAUGUAGUUGUUUAUGCAUAUAUUAUUGUCUAUAUAAACAUACUUUAAUAAAAAAUAAAAUAAGACAUUCACUUAUGCUAACAAUUAACUUUUGUUAAACUAAUAAAUAUAAUUUUCAAUAAUAACAUACAAAAACCUAUUAUAUUCUAAAAUAUUUAUAUUAUAUAUUUAAUUAAAAUAUUUUAAUAAAUAAAAUAAUAAUUAAAACUAAUUCUCAUUAAUCUCUGAUUUUUUGGUAGUUCGAUAGAUCCGGAAUCGCCGUCCGACUAGCGUUUAACAUAGUUCCGAACAUGGAUUUUAAUAAAUGGUUUCUAGUAUAAGUACAUACAAAAAAUAGUAUAUACUUUAUAGAAUUUUGUUUGGUUUUCUGUUUUUUUUUUCUUUUCACUGAAAAAAAUAUAGCAACGGGCAAACCGGGAAACCGCAUCGUCGUUUUACAGAAAAUGUAAAGAGAAGGACGAGAGAAGUUGGGGGUUCCCGUAAAAGGGGUAAGAAAGUAAUUAAGAUCUCUUUCAGUUCCUAACAGACAGAUUCUGGAAAGCAAAAGGCAACAAACAAAACACAAAGGGGAGAAAGAAAAAAAACACCAAACCACCUUUUUUCUUUUUCAUUCGUUCCUUUCUUCUUCUUCGCGACUUCUGUCGGGGACAAAAAAAAAAAAAAAACCUCUCCGCAACCGCAUUCUCAGAAGACCUAAUGACUGACCCAGAGCAGAGAUUAACCGCAUUGAAGAAGGCUUACGCGGAUACGAUACUGAACACGGCCAAGGAAGCGGCGGCACGUGUGAUGGUUUCAGAGAGGAGGGCUCGUGGGUAUCAGCAGGAGCUUGUGGCGGUUAGAGACGAGGCUCUCCGUACGUGUCUAAGGCUUAAGCAGAUGUAUGAUUCCAAGGUCAAAGAGGCAGAGAUGAUGGCUUUAAGCAAGCAGCAAAAGAUUGAAGAACUUGAAGCUCAACUUGGAGAAGCUGAAGAUAUAGUGGGAGAGCUAAGGAUGGAGCUGCGAGAGUCUCGUUACCAGCUUGAGAAAUUGAUAAAUAGUCAUCAAAGCAACGAGGAGGAAAACAAGCCAAUAAAUGAAGUGGUUUCUUUAGCGUGUGAGGACUCUAGUAACCACGAGAGAACGGUUGUGGCUAGUGGGAUCAUCAAACCACAUUCGAGCGACAGAGAUAUGAGUAUCAACAGGUGUUCUUAUAAAGAGAAUAAAGAUCCUUGCAACCAUACUCUUCCUUCCAUACUGACCAGACGCAGAGAUGCUGAUGCGUUAGAAAAAGGAGAUUGUCCUAAUGCGGAAGAGAAGGAGCUACUGACUACAUCUUUGUCGCCUUCAGAGAAAGAGUAUGUCCAGUUCACAGUCAAGAGGAAGCGUAAGAAGGAUGAAAGAAGCGGCAGCAUUAGCCCUGAAGGAGGAAGCUCCUCCUCGCAAGAAGACGAUGAGAGCAGAAACAGAAGACAAAAGACUGGAGAGAAAGACAAUGUGUACUUGGACUCCUUCAACACUGAAUCAUCAUCUCGUGAUAGUCGUCGUGUUGCUCAGGUCGCUCGUCAGCUUUUACCAUUCACAGAGAAGAUACUGUCGCAGGAGAACCAAAGUGAUGAUGUUUCUUGAGUCGCAAGUAAUCAUGGAAGGUCCUAUUCUAUCAUCAGUUGCAUUUGAUCUCUCUGAAUGGUUGAUUAGCGAAGUUAGCUGAAGUAGUAAGAUUGUUAACAUCAAUACACAUUGUCAGCUUAUAGACUAAUGGAAAAGGCUAGUUUUGAGUCGUUUAUUUAGAUUCCUUUAAGCAUUCGUUUUGCUCGGUUGCUUGGGGAGAGAGAACUUGAAGAAGCUUCCUCAAUAAACGAAACAUACUAAUGUUACAGUAAUAUGUAACCUUCCGGCCAAGCUUUCACAAGAUGGUUGAUGAUUAGUAAAAAUAAAUAAAAUAAAGAAGCAAAUCAAAAGAAUUCAUUGUUGUUCACGAACACAAGGUUUGACCAGCAGGGCCGGGCCUGAUACAAAGCAUAUCAAUUGUCAAGCAUGUGCUUCUAACUUUAAAAUAUUUACUUAAGGGACAAUAAGUAUCAAAAAAACUCUGAUAGCAGUGCUGGUAAUGAUUCAUUUUAGAGUUAUACAUGUUGCAAGUUCGAAACCAAGUGCUUCAUUUAUAUUUUCCUAACAAUUUUUUUUUUUAAAAUGGGCCAAAAUUAUUGUGACAGCUUGAGGGCCAGUCAAAGUCAAUCCCGGCUCUGUUGACCAGUGACCACAGAAACACGCUUUAGAGUAUGAAAUGUUUGUGUAUAUUAUUAUAACACAACAGAGAAAUUGUGUAGCUAAUUUUGUGGCUAACUACAGUUUUUUUUUUGUUGUUGUAAAUAUAGGGUCAAAAGAUAACAAAUAUGUUGGAUUGUAAAUGUGGGGUCAAAGUAAACAAAUAUGUGAAACUAAAUACGUCUUUUGGAAAUAAAAAGAUAUAAAUAUAUGGUAAAAAAGAAAAAAAUGUGAGAAACCAAAUAAAUCUGUCAUAAAUAAAUUUUCGGUCAAAAUGUUUUUGGGAUAAAAUUUUUGAAAAUAAUAAAUACUAGAGUUAAACAUGCGCACUUGCACGGGUAUAUUUUAUCUUUAAAAGUAAUAUUUAAAACAUAAAAUAAUUUAUAAAAAUAUAUGUUAUAUAUUAAAUUCAGUUUUUGUAUAUAAUAUUAGUUUGAAAAUUUUAUAUUUAGUGAUGGAAUUUUUUUUAAUGAAAUUUUACUAUUCAUAUAUUAUUAUCCACUUGUUAUUUUUUUUAUUUAAAAAUGUAACAGCACAUUAAAAAGUUAAUCCCAAAAUAUUUAGAUAUUAACCUUAUUUACAUUAAUCCCAAAAUUAAUAAUAUAUUUAGGUUAAUUUGGUAAGUUACUAAUUAAAUGGUCUAACUGUGACUCUUAUAUAAGAAACAAAUUUGUGGAGUCAAUAUGUGGUUAAAUGAAACAAAUCUAUGAAAAAAAGAAAAAAAAUGUCUGUAAAAAAUAAGUCAAUAUGUGAUUAAAAGAAAGAAAUAUUUGGGACACUAAAUUCAUUAUACUUUAAAAUUUUUGGUCACCUAUAUAUUCUAUAACUUUUCAUAGUCUCUUCAUUUCAAAGAUCUAUCAGUAUUCUAUUCAAUAUACUAGAAGCAAAAAAAUAAUAGAGAAAAAGCAAAGAUGGCUAAAGCGACUUCUUCACUUGUUGUCCCCAUCAUCUUCCUUGUGAUGUUUCUUUCAGUUUCGCAGAAUAUGGGGGGACGAACAUGUGUGGCGGUUAUUGGAACGAAUUGCGUGAAUUGCAGAAUCAAGUGCUACAACAAUUAUGGAAAUCUUGCAACUGCCUACUGUGAUCGCUCGGGAGGUAGUCCUCAGUACUAUAGAUGUCAAUGUACCUUUCCUUGCGGGCCUCCAAAGCAUUUGAACCAAAACAAAGUAUUUUAAAAUGAUAUCUUCUUCAAAAUGUAUAAGCAUGAAUCCUAAGUUAAAA